AUGUCGGAUCUUGCGACAACAAAGCCGCAAAUCACAGUCCAUGAGGCUGCACCGCUUUCUGUCCCUAUGAAGGCAGCAGUCAAGACAUACAUCCUCAACGACUUGGAACUUGAGACUCACCCAUGCUAUGAGCCACUCCAAGAAUUAGCACGUACAAACAAUGGCAGACCGAGCGCAGUUUCCGCCUUGAGCGCCCCAGUAACGUUCACGGCUUCUGGGAUCUCAUCGAACGUGACAGACGAGGCCGAAGAGGAAGCAGAUCUACCGCUUGAGGAACUAUACCACGAUGCUGAGAAGGAAUCACAACGCCUAAAGCAAGCGAUGCAAGAGUACGAACUGGCCGACAGCAAAGGUCGUAAGAAAAGGUCGCUACCCAGUAGCGACUUGCAUACUUGGCGUGAUGUCUUAGCAGAGGUUGACGAUGCGUCCAAACAGUACAACGAGCCGGACGGUGUAUGGGGUAAAGUCAGGAAGGCCUUUAGGAAGUCUGGCGAUAAGGCUGUGUCUAGUUCAGCGUGGCUGGUCUUGCUUCCAGCCAGUUCAGAAUAUUUCUCUAUCCUGUGUGGAGGCCUAACGCUCAUCAUUGGAGCUGCAUCACGAUUGAAAGGCCUACGCGAAGACGUCAUCAAGAUCCUCGUCGAGAUACCAACAAUACUUUCUUGUGCGAACCGCGCGCAGAAUGUUGUAAAGACAUCGAAAGAACUUCGUCGAAGUGGCGCUGAAGUGUUCUUGGCCACCAUCACAUUGCUACAACACAUACUCAGGUACUUCAAGACCAAAGUUUCAAGUAAGUAA